GGGAGUAGCUAGGGGAGCGGCUCCGCGUAGUUGCUGUUGCCGGUGCGGGUCACGAGCACGUGGAUCGGCGGUGUCCGGGAGUCCCAGGAGCCGAGACCUCGCGCUCUCCAGCCUCGCGCACCUCGGUGACCGGCCUCAUCUCCAGGCGGGGCGGGAGGCCACGAGAUGGACACUCCUCCGCUCUCGGGCUCGGAUUCGGAGUCUGAAGAGUCCCUGGCCUUCGACCGGGAGUUGCAGGACGCGUUUUCCCGCGGACUCCUGAAGCCGGGCCUCAACGUGGUGCUAGAGGGGCCGAAGAAGGCGGUGAACGACGUGAACGGCCUGAAACAGUGUUUGGCAGAAUUCAAGCGGGAUCUGGAAUGGGUUGAAAGGCUUGAUGUGACCCUGGGUCCGGUGGCCGAAGUCAGUGAAACUCAGCCGACACCUCGGAACAAGGACGAGAAGAAAGGUGUUAAUCCAGAAGAUGACUUCCAGAGGGAAAUGAGUUUCUACCGGCAGGCCCAGGCUGCAGUACUUGCAGUAUUACCCCGGUUCCACCAGCUCCAAGUCCCCACCAAGCGGCCCACCGAUUAUUUUGCAGAAAUGGCCAAGUCCGACCAGCAGAUGCAAAAGAUUCGACAGAAGUUGCAGACUAAACAGGCUGCCAUGGAGAAAUCUGAGAAGGCCAAACAACUUCGAGCUCUUAGGAAAUACGGAAAGAAGGUGCAAACUGAGGUUCUUCAGAAGAGGCAGAGGGAGAAGGCGCAUAUGAUGAAUGCCAUCAAGAAGUAUCAGAAAGGCUUUUCUGAUAAGCUGGAUUUCCUUGAAGGAGAUCAGAAACCUGUUGCACACGGUGCAAAGGCGGGAACUAAAGGCCAGCAGAUGAAUAAGGGGCCCAAUGCCAAACGGCGCUACAAAAACCAAAAGUUUGGUUUUGGUGGAAAGAAGAAAGGCUCUAAGUGGAACACUCGUGAGAGCUAUGAUGAUGUGUCCAGCUUCCGGGCCAAGGUAGCUCAUGGCAAGGGCCCCAAGAGGCCUGGGAAGAAAGGAGCAAAUAAGAGACCCGGGAAGCGAGCGAGGGAGAAGAUGAAGAGCAGAACCCACUGAGCUGCAGCUCUUUGUACAGAGCCAAGAAGGGACAGGCCUGGAUUUCACAGCACGCUCAGAGCCUUGCUGUUGGGGGCUUUUUAUAGAAAGUUCUUUAAUAAAUAAAAGUUAUUAAAGAAAUAUAUAUACUCGGGUUAAAAACUUAGGGGCUGAAAGAUUGAGAAGUUUGCAUAUUAAAGAAUAUAGUUAUUUAUUGAUAACUUA